CGUGACUGAGAAACUAAAGUCCACAACAAACAGAGAAGUCUUUGACAGCAAGACCGAGAGACAGACAGGUGUAAAAACUAUGAGCGAGUCUCCCGUUUUAUUAAACAAACAUGAGGUCGAGCGCUUGCUCACUUAUGAUGAUCUGAUUCCCAGACUGGAGUCUGUCAUGGGAAAGUUUUCAAAACGGGACAGUUCAGAAAUAAUCCAGCCUGUGAGAUCCGUGGUCCCUAUACAACAACACAGCGGGUUUUUGGGCGUUAUGCCUGCAUAUUUGGCUGCUGAGGGUAUCUUAUGCACUAAGAUGGUGACUUUCUACCAGCGUGCAGAGGGCUCCAGUUUACCAUCAACUCAAGCAACUGUGUUACUCUUUCACCCCGAGCAUGGAAAUGUGACAGCGAUCAUGGAUGGGGAGGCCAUCACAGCCAAACGAACUGCAGCAGUAUCAGCCAUAUCAGCUAAACUGUUCAAACCAGCUCUUUCAGAAGUGUUGUGCAUCCUUGGUUCAGGGCAGCAGGCUAGAAGCCACUAUGAUGUCUUUACAAAGCUCUUCAAGUUCAAAGAGGUCCGUGUGUGGAGCAGAAGGAAAGAAACGGCUCAACGGUUUGUUAAUGAUCUCCAAGAUCCUGUAACAGUUUGUUCUUCAGUGGAGGCCGUGAUAGGAGCUGAUGUAAUAGUGACUGCCACAGGUGCAACUCAGCCGAUACUCUUUGGCGAGUGGGUCAAACCUGGUGCACACAUCGCAGCGGUUGGUGCUUGUCGGCCAGACUGGAGGGAACUGGAUGAUGUCUUGAUGAGAGAGGCUGUGGUGUAUGUGGACAGCAGAGAGGGGGCGACCGCAGAGUCAGGAGACAUCAUUCUGUCUGGAGCUGAAGUAUUCGCAGAGCUCGGAGAAGUUCUAAAUGGAUCCUUUCCUGCUCGGCGUGAGAAGACUACGGUAUUCAAGUCACUGGGAAUGGGGAUACAAGAUGCUGUCUCAGCCAAACUUGUGCUGGAGAAGUGGAACAGUGAACACUGAAGAUCCGAGCAGCACAGCUCCCUCUGCUGAUUUCACAAAUGUCUUGUCUGCCAUGGUAGUGGCGUCUUUACCCUGACUGAAUCAAUCAUUUCUUUUUGAACCUUGCCUUAUACACCGAGGCACUGUCAUGUUAGAAUAAAAAAAGGUUCCUGUCCAAACUUUUGCUAUAAAAUUGGAAGCAAACAAUUCCCUAGAAUAUCAUUAUAUGCUUAAACAUUAUGGAAAUUACUCGUGGUCAAACCUGUUUAUUAAAAGGGGGUGUCCCAAUACUUCUGUCCGUAAAGUGCACAUGGAAAACGAAGAACAAAGACACGUUUUUAUAUUUGGUUUCUAUUUUCAGAUAUAAAGGUUAAUGCAUUGUAGUUUUUGUGGAGGCAAUAAAAGCAUGAAUAAAGCAUUUUAAAUGUUUUUAAAAAAAGUUACAGAUCUGUCAAAAUUAAAAAUUCCAUGUGGCAAAUU